UCCUCAUUUUGGCUGCCAGUUUGGGUUUGUGGCUAUGUAUUAGGUAGAUCUGAUACACCUCUCUAUCUCUAGUGCAGGACAGUGUCAAAUGCUGUUUCUGACUGAUUAGAUCAGGUAAAGACUUAAAGCCUCCAGAGUCUGCUUCUGUCUACAGACUGAUAAGAUUCUGUCUUAAAUUGUCCUCAGACUAGGAACCUCAGGUGUUGCAAGAGUUGUUUUCAACAGGGUGGGGCGGUUGUUUCUUCCUGGAGGCUAAUUGUUAUUCUCAGUCUCCUAUUGGGCUUCAGCAACUCUGCAUCGUGGGGUAAGGGGUUUUCCAAUAGGGCGGACCAGCUGUCUUUCCCCCAGGCAAGGUCACCUGUGUAGGUAACACCUACAUAAGAAAGAUGUCCUCCCACAGCAAGAGCGAAAGACUCAGCGCAGGAAACCGGGAUGUCUGCCUUCUGAGCUCUAAUUCCUGAGCCCCUGAUCCUGGCUUCUGUUCACACAGCUCCAGUUCACGCUGCCCUGCCUUUGUCAGAGCACAAGGCCAGAGAAGCCAGAGCUGCAGGAAGAUUCACAAGAGCAAGCGGAUGACAUGGGUCUGGCCUGGCCACCCACUGGGGAGCGACACAGGAUUCCAGGCCAGUGAGGACCAGCCCUGGCCCACACCUGCACCCACCCUGCCGGCCCUGCUCGCCCUGAGCUGACCGGGAGAUGGCGCUGGCCCGGUGGCUGUUCCACAUGGCCCUGCUGGCUCUGAGCCGGGAACCCCGCGUGGCAGGGGACUUCGAGACCAUCCCGCUGCAGACCCUGCGCUGCCACAAUGACUACACCAGCCGCAUCACCUGCCGGUGGGCGGACACCCAGGAGGCCCAGCGGCUCGUCAACCUGACCCUCUACCGCAGGCUGAAUGCGUCCCCCCCAGAGCCAGUGUCCUGUGAGCUCACUGACGACAUGCCCUGGUCAGCCUGCCCGGCCUCCCACUGCGUGCCCAGAAAGUGUGUCAUUCCUAGCACGCGGUUCAUCAUCGCCGACAGGGACAACUUCUCCUUCGAGUCCGACAGGCCUCUGGGCACCCAGCUCACCGUCAUCCUGGCCCAGCAUGUGCAGCCCCCCGCGCCCAGGGACCUCCACAUCCGUCCCGACGGGGACCGGUUCCUGCUGACCUGGAGCGUGGCCCCCGCGGCUUCCCAGAGCCCGUGGCUGUCCGAGCUGGAGUUCGACGUGGCCUACCGGCGGCAUCAGGACUCCUGGGAGGAUGCCUCCAGCCUCAGCUGCACCGCCCCGCAGGCCCACCUGGGGCCCGGGCACCUCAUUGCCGGCAGCACCUACGUGGCCCGAGUGCGCGCCCAGCUGGGCCGGGAUUCGGGGUUCUCAGGCCGGCCCAGCCCAUGGAGCCCCGAGGUUCUCUGGGACUCCCAGCCAGGGGACCAGGCCCAGCCCCAGAACCUCCAGUGCUUCUUUGAUGGGGCCACCGCGCUCAGCUGCUCCUGGGAAGUGAGGGCCGAGGUGGACCGCUCCGUCUCCUUCACCCUCUUCUACAAGCCCAGCCCCAACGAGGGGGAGCAGGAGUGUUCCCCGGUGCUGAAGGAGGCCCGCGGCCCCUAUGUCUGCCACCGGUGCCAGGUGCCCGUGGCCGACCCCCGGAACCACAGCCAGUACCUGGUCUCUGUUCGGCCAAAGCGGGAAGAGAAGUUUAUAAAGAGCUCGGAAAACAUCCAGAUGGCUCCUCCGACGCUCAAUGUGACCAAGGGCGGAGACGGCUACAUUCUGCGCUGGGAGGUGACCAUGUACUAUAGACACAUCGAGUACACCUCCGAGGUCCAGUACAAGAAGGACGCAGCCUCCUGGGAGGAGAGCAAGACAGAGCCCCUCCAGAACACGCGCUUCCUGUCGCUGCCGCCGCUGGAGUCCUCCACCAGGUACCAGGCGAGAGUGAGGGUCAGGCCCCACAACGGCUACAGCGGCAUCUGGAGCGAGUGGAGUGAGGAGAGCUCCUGGGACACUGAGUGGGUGCUGCCCACGUGGGGCCUGGCUCUCAUCCUGGUCUUCACCACCCUGGCCUUCCUCCUGGCCCUGCGUCUCUGUGGCUCGUACGGGUACAGGUGGACCCACAAGUGGGCGGAGAAGAUCCCCAACCCCAGUAAGAGCCGGCUGUUCCAGGACAUGAGUGCAGGGCGCUGGCCCCCCAGCGGCCCGGCAGCCCUCACCAGCAGGAGCCUCGCGCACAAGGGACCCUGGGACAGCCCCUUCCCUGGGCUGCAGGGGGUGUCCCCCGAAGACCGCAUGCACAGCGAGGUGUCGCCUCUCACUGUGGAGGACCCUAAGCAUGCCCGCGACGCGCCCUCUGAGCCCAGCACGACUCCGGCUGCCUCCGACCUGCCCGGGGAGCUGCCCCCAGGCCCCACGCCCUGCCUGUCGGCCCCCUCCAGCUGCCCCGAGAGCCAGGGUUCCAGCUUCGACUUCAAUGGCCCCUACCUGGGGCCGCCCCACAGCCGCUCCCUGCCGGACCUCUUGGGCCAGGAGGAGCCCCCGCCGAUGGGGGGCAGCCAGAAGCCUCUGCCCCCCGGGUCCCUGGAGUACCUGUGCCUGCCCCAGGGGGAGCAGGUGCAGCUGGUCCCGCUGGCCCAGGUGAUGGGCCAGGCCCAGGCCAGGGGUGCGGAGCAGAGAUCCUGCUUGAGGGCGGAGGGGAGUCCCUCCGUGGAGACUGGGGCGGGCCCUGUCCCUCACCCUCCUGGGCUGCUAGUGGGUGGACAGGGCCUGCAGGACAGCCCCACAGCCCUGUCUGCUGUACCCGGGCGCCCUGCGGAGAGCAGCGUGGCCUCCGGUUACGUCAGCCCCGCAGACCUGGCGCUGGCCUUACCCAAGGAGGUACCAUCUGCCUCGAACGCCUCCCGGGUUCCUCCCCUUGGCCUCCCCUCGGAGCAGAACCACGGCCUCUGCCCCAGGCUGGCAUGUGGGCCCCUGGGAGGCCCCGCCCCCGGGAAAUCAGUGAUUGACAGCUAUGUGGAGCUCCCUUCCACCAUGGGCCAGGCCCCCAAGUCCCCUCUGGGUGGUCCUGCCCCGCCCGCAGCCAGCAGCCAGGUCCUGAGCCCGAGGGAGCCCCGGGGCGAUGUGACCCCAGUCUCCCCGCACCCCGAGGGGCUCCUGGUCCUGCAGCAGGUGGGGGACUACUGCUUCCUCCCAGGCAUGGGGUCGGGGCCCCUGUCCCCCCAGAGCAAGUCCUCCUGUCCCGGGCCCUGCCUGGAGAGCAGGGACCUGGACCAGGCCUUCCCGGCCAAGAAGCCUUCCUGCCCGGCCAUUCCCCAGGUGCCCGCCAUUCAGCUCUUCAAAGCCCUGAAGCAGCAGGACUACCUGUCGCUGCCCCCCUGGGAUGUCGGCCGGCCUGGGGAGGUGUGCUGAGACCCCGAGGGCCUGGGGGCCCCGUGGGAGGAGGGGGUCUGCCUUCCUCCUGCCCUGCCUUUCUCACACCGGCCUCAGCGUUUUUCCACACUCAUUUCUGCAAAGCCAGGGAGGGCGCCAGGACAACACGUGAACUGCCUAUCUUCUUCCUUGACCUUGAGCAAGGCCAAGCUUCUCUGUCUGUCCCUCUUCCUCCUCCCUCCCGCCCCCGUCUCACAGACACACACACACACACACACACACACACACACACACACUUUUCUUUCAAGUUCACAGGCGUUUAGGUUCUGAAUGGAUAGAAUGUCCCAUAUGUUCUCAUUCCAUUUGCCCUCGUUUCCUGCUUUGGGCUCGUUCCUUCUUUCUCUUUUCCCUGAUUUAUUAUCCGAGCGCGUGUGAGGCCCCGGCUCGGCCUGUCCUGAGAUGCCAUGACUCGGUCCGAGCCCAUUCUGAUGCUGCCGUGUCUGGCUGUGUUGGGGGACCAUGUCUGUUCCAGGCAGUCAGGAGCUCAAGGUUCCAACCGGGUUGCAGGUGGCGGGAGGCGGGGCUCAGGGUGGGGUCCCGGGGGCUGAGCACUUGGAAGAGCAGCAGCACAGGACUGGACC